CUGACAUACUUCUAUCCUGUGCGAAACAGAAUAACUAAACGUACCAAGCUACGCAUACGAUAACCUAUUCCCUCUGAACGAGUUCCACAGUUUGAUGCUAACGGGCUAUCAAUCCAGUGAGUUGGUUAAACUUGUGUGCAUCAGCCCCAUCAACAUCAUUCUACUAAUUUGUGUCAGUUCUUAGUGUGAUUCGAAUGCAUCUCGUAGUGAUCGAAUGAAAGCACACGAGGGAAUAGAGACUCUAGUAUCCUGUCCGUUUUAGAGGAAACCGUCGUUCGUAAUAAUUAUUAAGCCAUGGAGAACGAGUCGCUCAAACUGCGGAAUGUUGGCAAUGAAAAGUACGGCACAGACAAAGAUGAUGUUAGUGGAGAAGAUGACUACGAUCCACAUUUAUAUCGAAAGGUUGAACAUCCCACAUCGAAUACAGAAACACUCAUCCACUUAUUGAAGGGAUGUCUUGGAACAGGUAUUUUGGCAAUGCCAGAAGCCUUCAAGAAUGCAGGGAUGGUUAACGGCUUAGUCUUCACGUUUAUAAUAGGUGCGCUCUGUACAUACUGCCUUCAUGUAUUAGUCCAAGCUCAAUACACACUAUGUAAGAGAUACAGAGUACCCAUAUUAACUUACCCAGAGUCUAUGAAAAUUGCACUGGAAUCAGGACCACAGUGCCUUAGACCUUAUGCCAAGUUUUCUCCGUUACUGGUGGAUUUCUUCCUUAUCGUGUAUCAACUCGGAAUCUGCUGUGUCUACAUAGUUUUCGUGGCGAAAAACGUGAAAGCAGUAGCCGACGAGUAUACGGAACACGAUUUUACAUUGACGCAAUAUAUUCUGAUGACAUUCGUCCCAUUCGUAUUGAUAAACUGCAUAAGAAAUUUGAAAUUGUUAGCGCCGUUUUCUACCCUAGCCAACAUUAUAACGUUUGCAUCUUUUGGAGUUGUGUGUUACUAUGUUUUCCAAGAUCUACCAGAUAUCAGUGAAGUACCCGCCUUUGGUACAUUGUACACGUUUCCCUUAUUCUUCGGCACUACAUUAUUCGCACUAGAAGCCGUAGGAGUUGUUAUAGCUUUGGAGAAUAACAUGAAGACGCCAAAAGGUUUUGGAGGAUACUGUGGUGUUCUUAACGUUGGAAUGGUAUUUGUUACUGUCCUAUAUGUAGGAAUGGGAUUUAUUGGUUAUUGGAAAUAUGGGGACCUCUCAAAAGCCAGUAUUACUCUGAAUUUCCCUGCUGAGGAAUUCUUAGCUAAGUCCAUCAGAAUUCUGUACUCAAUUGCCAUAUUUAUCUCUUAUGGAUUACAAGCCUAUGUACCAGUCGAAAUUAUGUGGAAAACUUAUAUGCUGAAACAUUUGGAAGGAAGCGAUAGGUUGAUGAUGUGGGAAUAUAUACUUCGUAUUGCUUCUGUGAUAGUUACAUUCGUUUUAGCCCUGACAAUUCCUCUUCUUGGACUGUUCAUAUCACUGUUUGGUGCUUUCUGCUUAUCUGCCCUUGGAAUAGCAUUUCCCGCAAUCAUGGAACUUUGUGUGAAAUGGCCGAACGAUCUUGGUCCAGGAAACAUUGUUUUAGUAAAAGACAUUUUACUUAUCAUUUUCGGUAUAACAGGAUUACUUGCUGGCAGCUACAGUUGUAUAUCAGAAAUAGUACAAAAAUUGUCAGCUGGAGAAUUAGAUUAGAUAUUUAAAUUUUUGCCAUAGGGUUUUUUGUAACUGUUGAACUGAUGUAGUUCCUAGUAGUUUUCCAAAUUUAGAAAACACAAUAUAUAGUAAGACCCAAAGACUUUAGUAUAAGAUGAAUUUGGAAAUACAAAUUACAUGUUUCAGGAAAACGAAAGACUUUAGAAACUUAUGUAGAUAUUUUUUUUCUUAACAAUUAGUGAGUACACUUUUGCUGAAUGCUUAAUUUUCCGAGUGGAUUCCAACAGCUCAAGAAUGUAUUGAUCAUGAUUUGUGUUUUAUUCCAUGAUUAUUGAAAAUCGUUUUCGUUCCGAAAAGUGAGUAGUACAAAUGAUAUUUUAUACAGAAUAAUUAACAAAUGCUGACACAAAUUAGAAGAAAUAUAUGAAAGUAGUGAA